CGGUGCUAGAUCGGUUGUCCUGGUUACGGCUUCUCUGAGAGGACAGGCGGUUGCGGAGAAAAGACCGAGCUGAGGAGGCACGAACGGUUCAGCCGGUGGCAGGGCGGACGAUUCCAACUCCAGCGCCUCGGUCCAUGGAUAUUUUAAAUUGAAAGUUGCAGAGGAAAAUCUAUUAACAGCAGCCAAGAUGUCACGAAAAAUUCCUAAAGAAUUAAAAAAAGUCAACAUCUCUAGUUCUUUGGAGUCUGAAGAUAUUAGCUUAGAAACUACAGUGCCUACAGAUGAAAUUUCAUCGUCAGAAGAAAGAGAGGGGAAAACCAUAAUCACAAGGCAGCUUAUUGAAAGAAAAGAACUGCUUCAUAACAUCCAGUUGCUGAAAAUAGAGCUCUCCCAGAAAAAUCUAAUUAUUGACAACAUGAAAGUGGACUAUCUUACAAAAAUUGAAGAGUUGGAGGAGAAACUUAAUGAUACUCUUCACCAGAAGCAGCUGUUAGCAUUGAAAUUGGACAACCAGUUGACCUUUCAGAAAAAGGAUACCAGAAAAUAUCAGGAAUUAAUGAAACAGGAAAUGGAGACUAUUUUAUUGAGGCAAAAACAACUAGAAGAGACAAAUCAUCAAUUAAUAGAGAAGGCUGGAGAUAUCCGCCGUAGCUUGCGUGACUUGGAGUUGACAGAAGAUCAUUACAUGAAUUUGAAGUCUCUUCCAGAGGAUCAGCUUUCUAUUCCUGAAUAUGUAUCUAUUCGGUUCUAUGAAGUAGUGAAUCCUUUAAAAAGAGAAGUAAAUGAACUUCAGGUGAAAAGGAAUGACCUUUCAGAAGAACUAAUUGAUUACAAAUCCCAGCUGAAGCGAUUAUUAGAGACCUAUGAGGAUGAGCGAAGAAAUCAUUCAGAACUUCAGGUUAGAUGCCAACGUUUGACAUUGGAAUUAGCAGAUACAAAACAGUUAAUUCAACAAGGUGACUACAGACAAGAGAACUAUGAUAAGGUAAAAAGUGAUCGGGAUGCACUUGAGCAAGAAUUAUCUGAUUUUAGACGAAAACAUGAAAUCUUAGAAGCUUCUUAUAAAGCACAAACUAAAGAAAGAAAUGAUCUAUCAAAAGAGGUUGCAACCUUGCAGCAAUCUCUUACUUUGCUACAAAAGGAUAAAGAGUACCUUCAUCGUCAAAACAUGGAACUUAAUAUACGUUGUGCCCAUGAAGAAGAUCGAAUUGAGAGACUUCAGGUUCAACUUGAGGAAGCCAAAAAGGCUAGAGAGGAAAUGUAUGAAAAAUAUGUGACCUCUAGAGAUCUUUAUAAAACAGAAUAUGAAAGUAGACUCCGUGAUGAACUUGAACAAAUCAAAUUGAAGACAAAUCAAGAAAUUGAACACCUUCGAAGCACCUCAAAGGAGAUGUAUGAACGUGAAAAUAGGAAUCUGAGAGAAGCAAGGGAUAAUGCCCUGGCUGAAAAAGAUAGAGCAGUUACAGCUGAGAAGGAUGCUUUAGAAAAACAUGAUCAACUCUUGGAACAAUACAGAGAAUUACAGCUCAGUUCAGAAAGCAAAGUGGCUGAAUUUCUUCAUCAGAGUAAAUUAAAAUCUUUUGAAAGUGAGCGUGCUCAACUUGUACAAGAAGAAACAGCAAGAAACCUCACACAGUGUCAAUUGGAAUGUGACAAAUAUCAGAAAAAAUUAGAGGUUUUAACUAAAGAAUUUUAUGGUCUUCAAGCUUCUUCUGAGAAACGCAUUUCUGAACUUCAGGCACAAAAUGCUGAUCAUCAGACAAGACUAGACAAUUAUGAGAAACUAGAAAAAGAACUUGAUGAAAUAAUAAUCCAGACUGCAGAAAUUGAAAAUGAAGAGGAGGCAGAGAGAGUUCUUUUUUCAUAUGGUUAUGGUGCUAAUGUUCCCACAACAGCUAAAAGACGACUACAACAAAGUGUUCACUUGGCAAGAAGACUACUUCAGUUAGAAAAGCAGAACUCGUUGUUUGUAAAAGACCUGGAACAUCAAAAGGAACAAGUAACACAGAUUUCACAAGAGGAGAACCUCCAGGAACUGAUGAAGAGUGAAAUGAGCAGAACCAGGAGAAAAUUAUAAACGGUAACUGAAACAUUAUGGGAUGAUCAAAUGUGACAGACUUUGCUGCUAACAACAAUGCAAUGAUCCAGGACAAUUCUGAGGGACUUCUGACAAAGAAUGUUCCCCAGCUCCAGAGAAAGAACUGUUGGAGUAGAAAUGCAGAUGUAAACAUUUGAUUUAUCACUUGUUUAUUUGGGUAUAGUUUUAGAGUUUGACUUCUACAAGUUUAUUCACUUACAAAAAUGAAUAAUAUGGAAAUAUGUUUUGUGUGAUAAUACAUGUAUAAUCCAGAUUGAAUUGCUUGUCAGAUCCAGGAGGGGGAGGGAGAUAAUAUGAAUCAUAUGACUUUGGAAAACUUAUGUGGAAAUUUGUUAAAUUAAAAAAAAGCUCUUCCCCAAAACCACCCUAGGCCAAUUAAAUUGUAGGUCUAGGCCUUUAUCCUAUCCCUGUCCUCUAGGAAUUUACAGUUCUAGACAUGUAACAUCCCUAUUCACAGUUUCAUACAUCUAUAUUUCAAUUUUAAGACAUAGUUUAAAUAAUAGUUUCUGAAUAUUGAGUAGUGGGGAAAUUAGGAAAAAGUAUAAAAGUAUAUAAACUUGGACCACAGAAAUAAAUAUAAAUAAUUGACAGCAAAUCUUUUAUGGUUAAGAAUGAUGGAUGGUAAAUCAGAGAGCAGAAGGAUACUGGGUCCUGAUGUACAGUAGCACCACUGAGAGUAGGCUGGAUACUGCUGAAGAAAGACAUGUUUCAAGAGCUUCAACAAACCUACACUAGCUGUAAUAGUCACCCCUUUCUUUAAAAAAAAAUUUUUUUUUAAAGCCUUCCCUCAGUCCUUAUCUUCUCAAGCUGUCAUCCUCUCCCUCCUUCCUUUCACUGCCAAACUCAACACCCACUCACUCAUUAACCUUCUACAAUCUGGCUUCAAUCCCUACUACUCUACAAAAGCUUCUCAUUUCAAAUUCAAUAAUGGCAUCUUUGUUAAUUGCUAGAUCCAAAAGUCGUUCUAGACCUUUUUAAGGUAGUUGACAUGGUUGACCACUUUCUCCUUGCUACUCUCUUCUGCUGGAUUCCACAGCACUGCUCUCUCCUGGUUCUUCUUAGCCUUUCACUGGUUCAUUUUCCUCCUUAAUGUCUUAGGGCCCUGAUCUCAGUUAUCUUGUCUCACUGUACCUCCUCUCUGGACUAGCUGAUCUAUUUCUUUUGCUUCAGUUAUCACCUCUAUAUAGUUGACUCUAAAAUCUUUAUAGCCAGUCUUCAUCUAUCUCCUAAUCUCUAAUUCUGUUUCCAACUGCCUACUGGAUAUAUCUUUCUGCAUAUUCCACUGACACCUCAAACACUCAUCUGAUUCCUACUGAAACUUUCCCCUCCUUCCAACUAGCCUGUUACCAUUAAUGGCACCACUAUCCUCCAACUUACCAUGGCACAAAAUGAUAACAUCAUUUCUUUUUUAUCUUUUAUUGUAAACUUAAACAUUAAUUUAUAAGAACAUUUCAAUGUGCAAAGACCUGGAAAAAAGAAUUGUAUAUUAAACUCUAAAUUUUCAUACAUAUAAUUUGUUUUUUAGUGCAGAUUAAAUUUAACAUUGUAAUCACAAAACUGCACUGCUAAUUUGCCCCUUUCUAAAUGUUUUGCUCUUCUCUAUCUUUGUUUUAAUGUGUCAGUUAUUCUCUUUCCUUUUUUUACUAUUUUACAUAACUCACUACCCCCACAAUACUCUUCUGUCACCUCCCAAAAUAGAAGCCUUUAGUUAUAACAAAUAAGUAUAAUUGAACAAAAUAAAUCCACAAUUGUCCCUUGCUAAAAAUGUUUGUCUUA